CGCAUUAAUGGUCGGAUGCAAGUUCGGAGCGAAAGCCCCGCCCACUCGGUGCGCCUAGAGGGCGUCCCAGAAUGCAGAGCGCGAGACAUGGACCAAAAUGUAGACAAUGACCUUCAAGGAACUGAUGGUUCAGGGGCUCUCGGAGGGCCAGAUGUUCGCCGCAGGAUCCCCAUCAAGUUACUGUCCAAGCAGACUAUCAGAAGCAAGCCUCCUGUCCGGCCACAGCUGCCCUCCGCCAGAUUGCCCUCCACUGGACAAAGUGACGAAGAAACAUUUACCUGUAAGCAGGAAGAGAGGUUUGAGUGCAAAGCUGGAGAUGCUUUUGGGAAACAGCGGCGAUUCCCGCACCCAUAUUUCUGGGACUAUAAGCUCAACCUGGUUGGAGAGAAAGAUGACACUCCAGUGCACUUCUGUGACAGAUGCGGCCUGCCCAUAAAGAUAUAUGGACGAAUGAUUCCCUGUAAACACGUGUUCUGCUAUGACUGUGCAGUUCUCUUUGAGAAGAAAAGUGAUAAGACCUGUCCCGGUUUGUCCCUGUAUAGCUGCACCGACCCAGUCCAGCGCAUUGAGCAGUGCCAACGUGGAUCCCUCUACAUGUGCAGCAUCGUGCAGGGCUGCAAGCGUACCUACCUCUCACAGCGGGACCUACAGGCCCACAUCAACCACCGGCACAUGAGAGCAGGCAAACCUGGAGCCUCACGGGGCGAACUUACACACCCAACCCCAGCUCUGACUCCAACCUUGACCUCAGACCCACCAGACCGUUUCCGCCUGCCUCCGCCCCCUCACCUACCCAAGUCCCACCCCAUGAUCCCACCACCUCUGCAAGGUCACGACUCCUUUGGCCAGCCUCCCGCUGCAUCACCCUCUCCCUCUGAUCUAGGGCCCUCAUCCCGAGCCCUGCCGCCGGAGACAUUCCGCAUAGCAACUGUGACCACGCGCAAACACAGCAACCUCAUCACCGUGCCCAUCCAGGAUGACUCAAGCAACUCCAUUCAAUCUCCACGUGAACCCCUUCCACAGACUCCCCCAGGUCUGCCCCCUCAUCACCACCCAGGCCAACCAGUGGUGUCUCACCCUCACCACAUCAUGCCUCCACAUCAGCAACAACAUUACGGGCCUCCACCUCCACCACCACCUCCACUCAGUCACCCCAUGCAGGCCACUGGGGCUCCUCACAUGGUGUACAACCAGGCACCCCCAAUGUCCAGCGCACCACCUCCCAUCACCCCUCCACCCGGACAUAUAAUAAGCCAGAUGCCCCCAUUCCUGAAUCACCCAUUGUCUGCUGCUCUCCCUCAGCAUGGUGCCCUGCCUGUUAGUGCCCCACCACCUCAUCACUUUAACCCUAACUCUAUGGCCCAGGACCAGGGCACCCUGAGUCCUCCUUUUAACCAGCCUGGAGCCCUUAGCCCAGGCUUGUGGCCUGCACCGCGUGUCCCUCACCCUCCUCGCAUGCAGGGGCCUCCUCAGGGCCAGAUGCCUGGACACCACCCAGAACAAGCCCGAUAUAGACCAUAUUACCAAUAGCAACUGGCCAGCAUCCAGUAGAUCAGACUCAGUAUUAACAUGAUCAUCAAGAAGUGAAGUAUUUUCAAGAUAACUGGUUGAACUGUGCAUACACUCUGUGAUGAUGACAUGAUUCAUGUGAUGUUUUGUAUUCUUGUUAGGUAUUUAAUGGUUUAACCGAUCUGGAUUCAAGUACAUGUUACUGUAUGUUUGAUGGCUGAAAAAUAGAAACAAUGCAGUCAGAAGCCAUUUUAUAUCUUUGUUUGAACACUAUUCAUAACCCGAUAAAACUUUAAUCUUGUACCCAUUGACUGCAAUAAAUGACACAAAUGAAA